UACCGGCAUCCUGUCACCGUACCAGCGUCCUGUCACCGUACCGGCGUCCUGUCACCGUACAGGCGUCCUGUCACCGUACAGGCGUCCUGUCACAGUACCGGCAUCCUGUCACAGUACCGGAAUCCUGUCACAGUACAGGCGUCCUACCACAGUACAGGCAUCCUGUCACAAUACCGGCGUCCUGUCACAGUACCGUCCUGUCAUGGUAAAGGCGUCCUGCCACGGUACAGGCGUCCUGCCACGGUACAGGCGUCCUGCCACGGUACAGGCAGCCUGCCACGGUACCGGCGUCCUGCCACAGUACCGGCGUCCUGCCACAAUACCGGCGUCCUCUCACCGUAUCGGCGGCCUGCCACAGUACCGGCGGCCUGUCACCGUAACGACGUCCUGUCACAGUACAGGCGUCCUCUCGCGUUCUGUCAGAGUACCGGCGUCCUGUCACAGUACUGGCAUCCUGUCACAGUACAGGCGUCCUCUCGCGUCCUGUCACAGUACCGGCGUCCUGUCACAGUACAGGCGUCCUCUCGCGUCCUGUCAGAGUACCGGCGUCCUGUCACAGUACAGGCAGCCUGUCACAGUAUCGCCGUCCUCUCGCGGCCUGUCACAGUACCGGCUUCCUCUCGCGUGCUGUCAGAGUUCCGGUGUCCUGUUACAGUACAGGCAGCCUGUCACAGUACCGGCGUCCUCUCACAGUACAGGCGGCCUGUCACAGUACCGGCGUCCUCUCGUGUCCUGUCACAGUACAGGCAGCCUGUCACAGUACCGGCGUCCUCUCGCAUCCUGUCACAGUACCGGCGUCCUCUCGCGUCCUGUCACAGUACAGGCGGCCUGUCACAGUACCGGCGUCCUCUCGUGUCCUGUCACAGUACAGGCAGCCUGUCACAGUACCGGCGUCAUAUCACAGUACCGGCGUCCUCUCGCGGCCUGUCACAGUACCGGCGUCCUCUCGCGUCCUGUCAGAGUACCGGCGUCCUGUCACAGUACUGGCGUCCUCUCGC